UUAAUCGUUACGUGUUGUGACAAAUCCAGAUGAUUCAGAUGAUCCAGUGUGUCCGUAUUCGUUUGAGCGAUUUUACCGGGUGAUAAAGUUCCUCGUAUCUACGGAUCUACUGGGAGACGUUGAUGUCUUGGGUCAGAUCUCGCUGCAAUUAAAGAAGGAUCCGUCAGCUGGUGCACCGUGGUUGCCGGUCCUAACAGAUGUUCGCUCGAUCAAAAAAUUUCGGGACCGUGUUGUUGCACGCUCGUGCUCGUCCAUCGACGAUAACGAGCGUCGUUCACGAGCAGCCCGAUCGUUGGAUCAUUGUCGUCCGUGGUUUGUGGGGCAGUUAAAUCAGCAAGCCGCGAAACAUUAGUGCCCCACGGGAAAAUGAGGAGAUCCUGUACGUUCUUCACCUCAAGAGUGACAACGGGCUAGUGGACACAGAUCCAGGUCGAGUUAGCAGCAUGACAGCCAUCAACUCGGGUCCGGUCGGGGAAGUGGGCGGCGUCAGGCUGCCGUUGCAAUCAUUACAUGGGUACGGAUCUGUGUUCAUGUACUCGGCGUCGACGAGUCCCGGGGGUGGAGGUGGUCAGGGUGGCGGAGGCGGAGGCGAAGUAACCCUCCGCCUCCGCGAACCCGAGGACAUUCCCGAAGAAGUUCUUGCACGCCUCGAGGACACGGCCACCCUCUCCAUCUCUCUUCAAGGCGACGCUGUUCUCAGGCUGGGGGCGGCUGGCACAGGCAACGGGAAUUUAGAGUUAUUUGAUAGUGAGAGUGGGCCGGACCUCACACUAUCACCUCAGACCUUCACGUCGACGGCGGAGGCCUUCAUCAAUGACAAUAGUGAUAGUCUUGGUGUUCCAGGAGACAACGAUACGGGUAGCAGUGAAGAAUCGAGACCCGGUGGCGGGGAUCCUGGAAAGUUGGGGGUGAGGAAACCAAGACCGAAGGCUUCGUCGCCCAACCGACAGGGACCACAGCAAUGCCAGGUCUGCGGAAAGGUGUUCAACAACGCAUCGGCGCUCACGAAGCACAAGCUGACGCACAGCGACGAGAGGAAAUACGUGUGCACGAUGUGCGGCAAGGCGUUCAAGCGGCAGGACCACUUGAAUGGCCACAUGUUGACGCAUCGAAAUAAAAAGCCGUACGAAUGUAAAGCGGAGGGAUGUGGUAAAUCGUACUGUGACGCGAGAAGUUUGAGAAGGCAUACAGAGAAUCAUCACGCAGGUAGCAAAGUAAAUGAAAGUGUUAGUCCUAGCAGUCCUACGACCGGUCCUCACACUCCUAACACACCAGGAAGUAAUCCUAGCACACCCAGUACACCAGGUGCAACAUCGACGCCGAAUGGCCAUGGACAUCCGGCUUUGAAACAAUUGCUUGCCACAGAACCUACACAAGCACAACAGCAAAAGAGUGCCACGUCUCCUGGUGCCAGCAACGAUGGCCUCACAAAACAACAACUGGAGCUCAUCCAACAGAUCAUGCAACAAACGCAACAACAACAGCAACAGCAGCAACAAUCUCAACAGCAGCGUAGCAAUUCGUCAACAACAGUCACAGCACAGAUUCAAAAAACGCAAAAACCGUCCGUCAAAUCCACAACCUCGUCUGGAAAUGUUUCGAAUAAUUCCGGAAGUUCGAAUGCAACUAGCAACGCGAGAUCCAGCCCGAAACCAAAAGUCUGGAGUCACGUUCAGCAACAACAGCAACAAGCCCAGCAGCAGGUCCAGCAGCAGCAACAACAACAGCCUCAACAGCAACAUCAGCAGCAACAACAACAGGCUAACUCACCAGGAGGUGGAAAUGUGGGGAAAAGUAGUCCUUCACCAGGAAAUUCGGCCUCCCCUAGCGCUGUAACAGCAGCAAAUAAAUCACAGACCGAACCUAAACCGGUCGAGUGCAAUUUGUGCCAUCGGAAAUUCAAAAAUAUACCAGCUCUCAAUGGUCACAUGAGAUUACAUGGCGGUUACUUUAAAAAGGACGCUGAGAACAAAAAGAGUGAAAAGAAAGAGGUUGUUGGGCCACCAUUACAAACUGCUUCUGUCAGCGUGAGAGCACUCAUCGAGGAGAAGAUUAUACAGAAAAGAACGACUGCAGCAGACACGAGCACAAAUCAACAGGCCCGCGCGAAUAUGACGGUUUUUACCACGCAAGCAGACAAUGCGUCGCAGAUUUCCGGUAAAACAAGUUUCGCGGUGCCAGCACCACCGCCGUUGGCUUCUGCGGACAAAGUUCGCAGACUUUCGGACGGCGAACACUUCCGGCAGCCCAACGUCACCGUUUCCGGCCACGCGACCGUGCAGAAACAACUACAAGAAGCGCAGACCCAGGCACAGGCGCAGGCGCUGGCCGACAUCAUUCUCAAGAGCACUAAAAUGGCUGUGAAAAGAACAACUUCUGAUCCUGGGCAGAGAUUACACUUGACCUAUCAGCCAUCAGUUCAAUCAACAAAUAAUAAUCAGCAGCAGCAGCAACAACAACAACAGCAGCAACAGCAGCAGCAACAAAAUAAUCAGCCACAAGCUCAACCUACAGUUACAGACAGUUUCUCGAUGACUGGUUAUUCUGAAGACGGUGGUUACUUUAGUCCAAGUCUUCAAGACGAAGUGUUUCAGCAAGUCACCGCUGUUCCUGACAGUGUUCUGCUUCAUGCUACUCAGUUGGAUUCUCUUCAGUUUCAGACAGCGAGUCUGCUGCAAGAACAGUCGACAGAGCAGCUGCAGGACAUCACUCUGGAGGAUCGAUACUCGUCCCAGCACACGGUCAACCCGGACCUCCAGGCGUUGGUCAACUCUCCAUUACCCGAUUCGUUGGCUGAAUUCAGUACUUAUGGUGCCCAGUACACGGAAAGUCCGCACACCUUGCCCGCACAAUCCCCGUUGCCGUCGCCAUUGACCCGACACGACAGUCCCAGUUUCACAUAUCCAACACCUCCGGCCAGCCAGGAGGGUCUCCUCACGGGUAGUUUUCCACUGUUGAGCCCGCAAGAGGAUCCAGAAAGCGUACGACAAGUCUCGUCACCAUUGUCGGCAGCUUUCUACACGACAACCAUGUCUUCUGCCGCUGCUGUCGAAGAAGCUCUCAGCGAAGUGUUGCCAGCCGAAUCCGAAGCGGACGCGGAUCUCUAUGGUUCCGGUUCACCCAAUCCGCAUUCUCCACUGCCAAGUCCUCUGUCCGCCACCCCAGCACCCUCGCCAUUGUCAUCCUUACCACCAUCCUCGGUCUCGUCACCAGGUCCGGUGUCGUUCACCGGUACCAGCUUCCCUGUGUCGCCUCAUCACGCUCUUCAGAGUCAGAUGAUGCCCAACUCGGAAGACCCUCUGCUAUCCUCCACCCCGAAGGACUUCACCACCGCCAGUCGAAGACGAUUCGAGUUCCAGUCGUACAAGUUCAUCGCCAGCCAGAACUUGGUGGACUUUGGUCUGGGCAAUGGUAGUUUGGCAGGGAUCGUGGUGGACAACAACGGCGAGUUCAAGCUGAUCCAAACAGCUGGCCUGCAGAAGACGAACGUGUUGGUUCAGACGGGUUCUCUGAGCCCGGCUCUCACUUUCAAGAAGGAAAUGAGACUGGCGACACCCAAAGUGGAGCCAGUCACCGUGAACCUGGGCCUAAAUGUGCACACCAACCAUCAGUACAAUGCUGGGCAAUUUAAUCAACAACAACUGGUGAACCCGGCUAAGUUUCUCAUACAGACGAACCCUGCCAAGAACUGUAACUUCAGACAGAAGACGCCUAGCGGCAGUAGUUUACCGAUUCCAGUGGAGCAGAUUAAAGAAGAACUUCUCGAUGAAGAUGUGUUUCUUAAUCCGAGCAACGUGCCUAACGGCAGCCCGGUCAGACAGUGUAGGAAAAGGCCGCGUAUGGAGGGGAACUUGUACGCGAAUCACUCGUAUCCUUCGAGGUUACGAAAGGCCUGCGAUCGACACUGGGAUAGUAGUUACACACCGCCACCCAUAUUGGACCCAUCUCGUCCUGGACCUGGAUUGUACGCGAGGUUACAUCAAUACGAAAGGGAUUCCGACUUUAGCUCGGAUGAUUCUCAAGGAAAUGAUGGACCUCCGCCUAGGAUUAACAUCGGAACGAGAUACCAGGCAACGAUACCACCUGUGGGUAGCGAUGGGGAUAGAGGAAAGGGAGAACCGGAAGCUGAUCAUCUGUUAUGGGAUCCUGGUAUAAACAACGUGCUGACGGAUAACGAACUGGAGAUGUAUCUGCAAUUUGCAUGCUGCGCUGCGGUGCCUGGUGGGGGAAGAAACAAAGAGUACGCUCUUCAUCUGUUGCACAUGUGCAGAGGAAACAUUCAUGAAGCGAUGCUGAAGUUGAUGAGACCAACGCCCUUAUUGCCAGCUGAACAUCCGUUGCUCAGUUACGAGUGUCACGAAUCGGACCGAUGGACGUCGCAGGAAAUGGACGCUUUCUACCAGGGUCUGUUGAAAUAUAACAAAGACUUCUUAGCGAUUUCACGAGACGUGGCUGGCAAGUCAGCGAAACAAUGCGUGCAAUUCUAUUACCUGUGGAAGAGGCUCUGUCCGGACGAAUACAAGAGGCUGCGUGUUCGCCAUGGUAAACCAAAGAUUAAGACAGAGAGCAAGGAUUGCAAGGACACGAGGGAACUUCGCGACGCCAUCGCGUCUGUCACGGAGAUGGACUUCAGCGAGGACAAAUCGAUUCUCCACCGCACCCUGUUACAGACAAACGAGAGAGAAAACUCGGCCACUCUGACCACCAGUGAUGGAGAGCUGAGAUUAUUUGCAUACGAUUGCCCUGAUAGCUUUAGCGGAAGCGUAACAGUAACGAUGGCCGGGAGCACCCAAACCGCCCAAACCGGCAAUACCGGCCACGCCACAGUCAACACCAACUCACAAACUCACACUAGUUCUGAGCAACAACUACCCGUGCCCACCCCACUUCACUACCCCUGCAAGAUUUGCGGGAAAGUUUUCAACAAAGUGAAAAGCAGAAGCGCGCACAUGAAAUCGCACAGGCCGGUGCCCUCGCCCGAUUCAACGGGUCAGGAAUCUAAAAGGCCGGUUCAGCAACAAUCAAAAAUGCAACAAUCUCAGCAGUCGAAUCAACGCCAACAACAGCAGCAACAAGCUCAGCAGCAGCAGCAACAAUUGCAGCAACAGCCUCAACAGCAACAACAACAAUCCAGCAGUGUAUCACCGCAGGCUCAAGACUAUAAUCAGCAGCAACUGCCUCCUAGCAAUGGCGACACCGGUGCUCAAAAGCCAUCCCAUUUAUGGCACAACCCGACACGGCUCAGGCCACCAUAGGACGACGCCCAGCCGGUUCAACUAAAGUUACCUUAACGAAGGCUGUAAACGGUACGGUAGGAAAAAAGAAAAAGCAUUUGUAGACAGGUGAAUCAGCCUGAUGAAAAAUAAAAUCGCGAUCGAGAAAAAAGAAGCUGGUCCACUGAAGCCGAGCCUCCCGAUUCUUCCACGCUAGAUAUAGUGAAGAGAAACAGAAAUAAAUAAGAUUACCUCUUGAAAGAGAUACACGACGCGGUUCUCUACCAGGUUCUCAGCCAUAUUUAAAACCUAAACGAUAUUCAGAACCGCCUGUAUCGUCGUGCACGAAUCGUAGAUGCCCGACGAUAGAAGGGAGUAGUAGUUGUGAGGUCGUAGGUGAAGAGGAGACAGGGUAACCAUGGAAGAUCCCUUACGAGACAGAAGAUCGACGAUGAAGCUUAAACGAAAAUUGAUCGUCGAAGGAUACACAGGCAUCUGUUUUUCUUCAGUUUCGAUUUUCAUCAGCACAACGGACCUUCUUUAUCGAUGUACAAUGGCCUAGAGAGAAGAGACUCUUAAUCAACGAGCAACCAUCCAAACACAGAAACCGGAUAGAAGUUAAGUUCGAACGCGACUUAAAUAAAUGAUAUAUUUCGCCACUAUGAGUGGUGGUGAUAUAUUGAACGAUUAUCGCGAUCAUCGAUGUACCUAAUCGCACGUGAAAUGUUCCCAGGAUUGUGCCACGCAAGACAUUACUGUUACCUGUUGCUUCUUUAAACGUUUUAUCAUUCUUUCCUUCCGAUUUUCAUCUCUCUCUCUUCCCCUCUCUUUCUCUCUCUCUCUCUCUCUCUUCUAUUCUUCUUAAUUUAUCAUCCAAAGGAUCUAUUGACGAACCGAAUCGUUCGUAUCGGUCAUAGAAAGAAAGAUUUUUCGUUCGAAUAUCCUUUCAAACGAUUCGAUGAAACGAAAAACAAAAAGGUAAAUGAAAUUCUUGUUGAUUGUUUUGAAAAGGUAGAAAUAAGAACGAUUUGUUGGGCGGUUCGUGAAUAGUUUCUACUUGUUGCACGUUCGCUCUACUAGUUCUACUUAGUUUAAAUCAGAUUAGCGUAUUUAAAAUCUCGAGAAUAAGUAAGCGACCCUUUGUCAGAGAAGCGUUCGUAGAUUUGUUGAAACUCCCCCUCGCCCCGAUUUUUGUUACCUCUCUGUUACUUAAAAAAAAAAAAUAUAUAUAUAUAUAUAUAUAUAUUAACUAUAUUUGUCUGAAUAAAUUUUAAUAUAUAAAUAUACACAUUAUACAUAUGUAUAAUAAACAGAAUCGAUGUAAUUUGACGAUGAUUCAAGGUAGAUUAGGCGAAGAUAUAGUUCUCUCUAGAAAAAGAGAUGUUGUUCAAGUUUCACUUCGUCGUCUCGAUCGAUCGGCUCGAUCGAGAUCGGAUGUAACAUAAAUGAUUAUACAUACAGCCAUGGGUACAUUAUUAUACAUAACAUAACGUGCACCGAUACACAGACACGUGAAUUAGAAAAUGCGUUUUAUUAUUAAAAUGAAGAGAUGAAUAUUUGUUCGACUAAAACGGGAUCGUUCGAUCGCGGCUCUAUGUGUACAUAAUACGUGUACAUUGUCUGUACAUAGUCUCUAAACGUCAGUGUCUGUAUGUACAAUUCGAAUGGAUUUUAACGCAGAACACGUAGGAUAGGUUUUAGGUUGUUUUUAGGAGGGAUCUAUAUUACGAAUAAAGUAUAUAUACUUGGCUUGAUUUUCUACCUAACUUAGGAGACUACGACCUCGAAAAUCUUGAGUGAAUUUCAAUUUUUUAUUAUCGUCUCGUUUGAUCACACGGGCAACGAUGUUUUUGUACGUAAAUCUUUUAUUUUCGAAAUUUUCUCAAGGAUUAUUAAUUUAGAAUUUUAUUCGAUGGGUGACUUUGUUAAUUGUUGAACAUCUGCGGAAGAAAAAUUGAAAAUUCUAAAUAGCAUUAAUAUUAUAAUAUAUUAUAAUAGAAUUAGUUUCUUAUUUUUAUGGUACUUAGUUCCUUUCAAGUACUUAACAAAAUCAUAUGUUCCUAUUAACCCUUUUCUGGGUUUUCAAGUUUAAUUCCAUAGAUGGUUUCCUGAGGCCAUUAUUUCGUUUAAGUACCCCUUUACUUAAUUACUAAAUACUAAUUAAUUUGAUUUGGAAUAUUUAAAAACUAAAAUCAUUUUAUUUCAUCUCUCGCAUAUACGUACAAAAACGUCGUUUCCAAUCAAAAUUUCCACGAGCUCUAAUCAAAUUUCGCGUUCGAAGUGAUCGCUCAAGGAUCGUUUCGUCGAUCGUAGCUGCUCCUGACACUUUACCUUAAAGAUCUUGUUAUUGUUAACGCUCUUCUUCUUAUUAACUUUUACCAUUAAAAUAAAAGGGAAAAAAGAUCACGAUAUACAUUUUAACUUUUUAAACUUUUCACGUGUAUAAACAAAAAAAAAAAAACAAGCGAAAACGUAGAUGAGAGAUAAGAGAGGUGCAAGUGGCCGAAGGAAAAAGAUGCGUUCGAGAGAAUCUGCCAAGUUUUAAACGACAGCUUUUGAAUCUUCCACUUGUUUUUAAACAUCGACCGACCGAUGGAAUGUUUUAACGUUUCAAACUGAACAAAAACUAGUACAUGACAGAAAAUAAAAUAAACUUCCGUUUGACGUUCGACAUUCGAGGAGAUUCGUUGGACUCUAAGCUUACGAGAGAAUCGUCUGUCCUUUGUGCGUGUAUGAACGUGUGUAUGCGAACUGUGCGUCUUGUGUUUCUUCAACGUUUCCCCAUCUACUAACGAUCAUCCUUGAAUUCAGAAAAAUACGUGUAACGCGUUGUUUUACAAUCCGGCCACACGCGAUUCAUUCAUUUCCAGAGAAAAAGAGAUGAUGCUUGUUCGAUGUAGAAGCGUGUAUGACCAAAAAGAAACGAAUGCGAUAUAAAACGCACACGAACCAUCUGAUCCAUAAUUAUUCUACGAACAGAUCACACAACUUUCAUUUAGAGAUAUAAUAUAUACAUACAUAUAUUUUUAACGUUGAUUAAACCUGAUACGAAAAAAUCAAAUCAGUAUUCGGUCGUUGCGAACGUUCCACGGUGUGUUUCCGAGUGUGUACUUAUUUUCUGAUCGAUACUUGUAUAGAUACUUACUUAAUUACGUGGAUAUAUACUUCUUUGUGAACCAUAUAGAAAAAAGAGAACACAGGAUUUUGUGAGAAUCUGAGUAAUAGCCUCCGGUUGAAUCGAGCGUUGGAAAAAGGAUCUUAAGGAGCGCGCGUAAUCCUAGAAGUCUAAUUAAUUAUGUAAUUAUAUUAAGAUCCUAGACGGUUCGACACUCUAAAAAUAAGUUCAUUUAAGAAGCGUGAAAUUGUUGUACGAAUUCUCCGACCGCGAGGCUCGGCGCAUCAGUGGAAUGCAACAAAAUUAGCAGACAUAUCAUUUAAGACAAUACACUUGUUACAGAAACUAAGUUUCUACUAAUGUAAUUCUUAUUGUACGUAUUGUAAUCUAACUCUUAAAUCAGAUUUAGAUAUUCGAGAGGAAACACGGGGUAGUUAAUGAUACUGAGGGAUGGAAUCAGAUCAAAUCCAGAGAUUAUAAAAUUUUGGGGAACAUUUUUUUUUUUAAUUUAAAUAGUUUAUUAAUAGCUUGUGUUUCAGAAAUUUCAUUAUUGGACAGAUUGUAAUUUAUUGCAAUUAUUGUUAUUAGAUUAUUAAUUUCCAAUUUGAAAUGAAAAAUAUUUUAUUUUUAAUCCUAGUGGACAAUAAUGUGCUUACUUUUAAAAUUACUUAAUUUUCAUUUUUAAACUCUGCUCUCGUACUUAAUAAAAUUUCAAUGCUUAAUGAAAAAUUGACAAAACUCUGGAUUUGAGUUGCAUGGAAGAAUGAAAAAAUCAAAAUCUGGAGGCUAAUUACUCAGAAGUUAGGGAAGGCACGAGGAAAAAAAAAACGAAGCAAUGAAACCGUAACGAAGAUAUGCAUGAAUUGUACAAACGAAUCCCUCCACGUCACAGAAAAGAAUGAUAUAUAUAUAUCUAUAUGGAGAAUAUAUAUAUAACAAACGAAAAAAAAUUGAUAAAUAUGUGAUGUAUUUAAAUGGUAUGUGGUAUAUGGUAUUAUGUAUUUGUACAUAGGCGGACCCGUGCCAUCAACUAGUGAGUUGUACCGAUAUUGUACUGCCAUUAAUCGUGUUUUAACAGGCAACAUCGAGUGAAUGGAACGGAUUACGUUUACAGAGUACAAUUUUUUAUUUAAGAACAUUUACUUAUUUUAAGAACAUUUAUAUUUAGCAUUUGCUUAACCGAUACCGCUACCGAUCAAAUGUAAGAAUUAAUUAUAACGUACACAUGAUUUACAUUUAAUGAAAAUUGUUUCGUUUGAAGCGUCGUUUAAUCGUAAAAUAGAGAUCGAAAUUUACCUAAGCUCGUUCCAAAGAGUAUAUUCUAAAUCUUUUUCAUCGUUUAAGUACUCUUCGCUUAGUAUUAAAAUCAUAAGGGAAACGAGAAGUACAAAAAAUAGUUAUCGUGUACAGUAUUUUCAUUGUUACCAUUCUUUUCUUUUUCUUACAACGAUACACGAGGUUUGAUGAUUUCUUAAUAAAUUAUAGUUAUUCAUUUAUUUUUUUUUUCAUCUAUAACGCCAUAGACUCGAAUGUUGAGAAAAAUAAUCGUUCAUGGGUCGAAUAAAAUGGCGAGUUAACGUCGCUAGAAUCUAUAAAUAUUAUAUUGGUACAACUCGGCGAAGAAAGUGUAGCGUGGUUAUACACCUGAGGAAUGUGCUCAAAACUACUGUAUUAAAAAACAAAAACGAGAAAAAGAAAAGAAGUCUACGUUAAACGGUCGUCAAACGUUUAAUAAUCGCAAAGGAAUCACUCUUGACGCAAGUGAAAAGUUAUUUAUUCGAUUAUAUUGAUAUCGUAAUAUCUUAUUGUCCUCUUACAAACUAUUUACCUACUUUAAUGUCUAUCUCUAUAACGCCAAGCAUGGUUCUUUAUACUCUUCUAUUUGAUGUUAUCGCUAUUCUCUAUUGUAACUUUUACUACGAGGAUGAACAAGACAAAGAAAAGAUAAAAAAAAAAAAUAAUCAAGAAAUGUAUUGUUAAUAAUAGUGUUUUUAAUGUAUUCGAGAGAAUGGUCAGCUGUAGAAGAGCCACGGAUUUGUGAUGUCGCGUUUCAUACGAGUAUCAGAUUCGAAGCGGAUGAGAAAACUUUGCAGCAUCAAAAAAAAAAGAAGAUGAAGGAAAUUUCGAAUUUUCCAUCCUCGUCGUUCGUUUCGUCGAAUCUCUUUGUUCCUCGGGCGAAUGAUCCCUCGUUCUGUCGUUACCAAAGUAUCGGUAAAACACCGAAAAAAUGUACGUGACAAACACGGUGUCCAGAGUGUUCGUGUGACGCGGACAAAAAAUUUUCUAUUUCGCAAUAAUCACGAUCGAGUGAAAGGAGAGGAACGCGUGUGUGUUAACUCGGUAGCAAUAUCGGUGAUUGGUGCGCGCCUGCGCAUUCGGCGUCAUACUCGGUAAGCGAAUCGGUAGCCGUGCGCGGCGAUGCGUAAACAUCGAGCCUGAGGUAUCGCGUGGUCGGACGUUCAGUGUUGAUCGAGCACGCGAUGCUUCACGAACGGCUCCGAGCGGCUCCGAGCGGCUCCGAACGGCAACGAACGGCUCCGAACGGCACCGAACGCGUUCACGCGUACGCCAUUCACUGUCGUUGUUCUUUCCACUUCUCUGCUCAACUAGUUCUUACCUGUAAGCGUAGCUGUGUAUAACACUAAAAGAAACUAUAUUCCUCUCGUCACGCUAGUGAAUUUUAAAACGAACCCCCCUCCCCUUUUAUCAGCCGGACUCCGAAACAUCGUCUUUUGCUCAAAGCGAGAACGGAUACGCCUGCUUUUCCGAAGCAAGCGGAUCGCAGACGAGCCUCUCGUGACAGGAAAUACUGUGCAAUGACGUCGCUCAAACGUUUUGGUGCCAUAAAGCAAUAUGGACAAUAUAAUUAAUUAAUUGUGUUAGAUACGUGGUGCGCUAAACUACAGCUGGCCGAGAUGGAUUCGAUUUUAAUGGAUCCUCAAGACGCCGCGCGAUCGUGCCGUGAGAGUAAUUUCUAUUUCUCUAAGUGGCAAGUUUUAUCAUCGUAUAUGUAUAAUUUUCAACGUGAAUCAACACUAGUGCCACUUAGUGAAGUAACAUCAGUAUUCUCGCCCGGUCCUUCAUCGAUACCCGAGGUGAAUUUGAAACUUUCUUUCAAUUUCGUAGAUUCUAUACAUUCUCCAAUUUCGAAUCAGUCUAAUUCUGUCUCUCGUUUUUGCUGCAUCUCGUUCGAUAUUAGAAUUCUAAGCAUCACCGAGAGCUACUCUGAAAGCUGUCGGCUCUCGCGGAUCGAUCGCGCGAUGUGUGUUUAUUAUACAAUUUACAGUCAAUUGAAGCGCGAUGUGGUUACGAGUUCGAUCGAAUGUCGCUACGGCCUAUCGAUUCUCCCUUCGAUCGUCGACGAAGGGGGGUGAUAAAAACGAAGGAAAGACCCCAUGGGAGGCCUAGAAAACCCCCUUUGACCAGCGACUGACUCCACCACAUUGGUCUUCGGCCAAAGGAAACGGCACAAACGUGGCUGAUCCUUGAGAUCCUGCGCGGUUUUAAGUCCAUUGUCAAACGAUUUAUUCGAUCUCCAUCAAUUCUUUCGAUCAAUUUUUUCAGAAAUUAAGACGCUGAUUUUCAAUCGCGUACGAUCUCGAGAUUGGCCGAUGAGAAUCAAAGAGCUCAAUGUCCGGCAAAUGUAUUGAUAAUAGUCUGAGAUAGAAUGAUGAAAUGAACGAUCAAGGAUUUGUUAAUUAAUAAAGAAGGAAAUUAUUGGCUCAGCCGUGACAAUGAGCGUCUGUGCAUCAGUAUUACGUUUGAAAAGCGAUACUAAUAUACAUUGGUCUAGUGAUUAUACAUUAUUCGAUUUUAUUUAGUGUGUGUAUAUAUAUGUACACAUAUUGAAUAUGAAAGGGCGAUAUUAUUAUUGAUUAUUAUUUAUUAUUAUGUGUAUAAAUAUGUGGGAAUAUAUAUAUUUAUAUGUAUAUUAUGUAUAUAGAUACUUAUACAUAUAGAUAUGUAUUUACGUGCAUGGAAGGUUCAAAAAUUUCUGACUUGCAAGUUUUUCAUGUUUAGUCUCAUUUUAUUUUGCAAUCAAAUAUAAUUACAAUUAUUCCAAAUACAACUUUCAUUUAAUAUCUUUCAUAAAUAUUACGAAAUAAUAUUAAUAUUUCUUUCGAUUUUAUUUAAUUCGUUUUAUUUAAGGCCAAGUCUAUUUCGAUUUUCCAUUUGUAAAUUAAAAUUUAAACAAGAAAUUUUUGGAUCUUCCUAUGUUUCAGCGCUGAUAAUGGGCAGGGAGUAGGAAGGUCGCGGUUUCAAUUUCGAUGUUGUUCAUUCGUGUAUGGGAACGGUGAGCGAUGGGAUUUCAGUAUAUUAUUUUGGAAAUCUAUUGAUUUAACAUUUGUUACGAUGCUCUGUUCUUUUAAAAUAUUCGCAUGCACUAUUAUUCGUAAGUAACGUAACAUUUGAUAUGUUUUAUAGCAGUGUUAUUAAAUUAUGUAAAUUAAUUAGUGAAUUUGUGGAAAAUCAUAAUUUUGAUAGUAGGUAGAAUAUUUACCAAGACUACCGAAAUCCCUAACUCACGAAUGCGCAGGAGUAUUAAAUGUGUAGCCACAGAAUAAUACUGUCACCGGAAAUAGGCGUGAAAUGCAGGAAGAAA